AUGUGGGAUCGAUUGCCGGGAGGACCGGCAUCGAUUGCCGUGUUUCUAUGCAUUCUCGUGUCCUAUACCACUCAAACGGAGGCAAUACAAUACAUACAACAUACUCUGGGAUACAAAAAGCCUCUUUUGCUUUUGUAUGUAACGCAUAGCAGUUUUAUGUUCCUGCUGCCGAUCCACUUGGCCUUGAUACACGUGUGCACAUCUCAUUCUGUGCCACACUGUUGUGCCAUGCUCAAGCGCGACACGAAAAAACAGCUGUCACUGGCCUUUGGCUCUGAAAAAAGCAGCUUAGCUGCCAACAUAACUCGUUUGUCCUGUGUGCUCUUCAUACUCACGGUUGCGCUGACCAUUCCCUCGGUGAGUUGGUUCCUGGCUGUGCCCCUCACGAGCAUGGCCAAUAUCACGUCUAUCUAUAACACUUUUAGUUUAUGGGCUCUGGUUUUUUCCGUGUACUUUUUAAAGGAACCAUGUUCUUACCUUCAAGUUAUUGCUGUCUUGUUGGGCCUCGUAGGUGUGGUCUUGUCGGCUUAUGGCGGCGCAACGCAACCUGCUAUCAUCGCGGGUCUUCAGGGCGGUCGCGUUAUUUCAUAUGCACUGUUGGGCGAUGUGUUGGCUCUACUAGGAGCUAUAUCUAUGGCCGCUUACGAGAUCUUCUACAAGCGCCUAGCCAUGAUACCCCAGGACGAGUUGCGCGGCUCGUUUCAGCCAUUGUCUUCGGACGAACUGUCGGAGCAUGCACCUCAGGAUGAGAUCGAGGGCGAGUUGCCUUUUGGGCUCCAUCCCAUCAUGAUGAUGACAGGUAUCGGCGCCAUGACUUUGUGCCUUUUCUGGAUCCCACUGUUGUUCUCACAUCUCUUUGGCAUAGAGAGGAUCGAAUGGCCUACGAGUGGGACUACACUCCUAUGGAUUCUUCUCAGCAUUCUCUGCGGCACCCUGUUUAACGGAUGCUUUGCCAUUCUGCUUUCUCUUUGGGGCCCCGUUCUCGCUUCCAUGUCCUGCCUGCUCACUACCGUUCUGGUCCAGCUCACGGACGUCUUGCUCGGUAUUCCGUUCUCUUGGAUUAGUAUGGUGGGCAACCUGAUUAUUACUGUAAGCUUUGCGUGUCUCCUGCCGUGGUAA